UUACAACCGCUUACGAUGGAACAAGAGCAGAUUGAUAUCGAGUGCUAUCGUAAAACAGUGAAAAACUAUAUUGAUUUGCGGCGUUACCAGACGGCUCUGUUUUGGGCCGAAAAGGUAACAGUUCUCAGCAAUGGCGAGCCUCUCGAUGUCUACUGGGAAGCACAGUGUAUGUUUCUAUUACGAGAAUUCCAGCGAGCUGCUCAUACAAUUCGUAGCCGUGGACUGGAGAAAAGUAAUCUGCUUUGCCAUUACUUGGCCGCGGAGUGUUUGAACGAAGCCAAGGAAUAUCAAUCUGCACUGGAGAUCCUAAACUCGGUCGAUUGCGAAACACUGGCAUGUGCCUUGAGCACCAGAAUUGGAACAAGCUCAAUGUCCAGUAUGAAAGAUGAUUCUGUCACGGACAAAAGUCACGACGGUAGCGUGUAUGAGGAACCAUAUAAAACCGACAUCAUUGCGUCGGUAUACUUUCUCAAGGGCAAGAUACUAGAAUCGAUGGACAAUCGCAGCCUAGCCAUGGAUUGUUAUGUCCAAGCACUGCAUAAAUCAGUUUACUGUACCGAAGCGCUGGAUGCUCUAGUGCAGCACGACAUGCUACUGGCUUGGGAGGAGAAGGAACUAAUUCAGCACAUUCCGAUGGUGCAGCAAUGUACAGAGCCGGAAAGAAAGGUUCUAAAGCGUCUUUACGAGAGUAAAUUGAAGAAAUAUUACGAAUCGAUUGCAACGCAAGCCAAUCUGGAUGAUCCUCCCGUGUCUUCAAUGAACACCAGCCUGUGGCACGAGUUGAAGGAAAAAAUGAAAAAUUGUAAAAACAAUGAAACGAGUAAAUCAUCGCUUUCGAAAAGCUUCACACCAGCACCACGAUCAAAGCAAAAACAAAGCGAAAUCAUGUCUCCAGCAAACAAAAUUCUGGAAGACCUUAAAAACAACCCAUCCUAUUUGAUUCAUACCUCUUUGACCAGAGCAUCGUUACUUGGAACCAGCAUGACAGGCUCUACAAUGCUUAGUGUUGGAGGAACGAAUAAUUCGCGCCAGGAAACAUCUUUCCGUAUCAAUCGCCCAAAGAUCAUUGCGGGUGCUUCCACUGUACCGUAUGAGCAGUGUAUGAAUAAGCUGGAAUCAAGCAUAGAUUUCAUGAUUGCGCGGGCAGAAAAAUAUUUCUACAGCUGCGACUACCGGCGGUGUAUAAAAAUGUUAGAGGAAAUUCUAAAAACUGAUCCAUAUCAUAAGCGAUCGCUUACCGUACAGAUAGGAUGCCUGAUGGAGAUGAAGGACUGCAAUCGAUUAUUCUACGUUGCCCACAAAUUAGUUGACUUUUACCCGGACGAUGCCAUAUCAUGGUAUGCCGUAGGGUGUUACUACGAUUUGAUCGGUAAAAGCGAUCCAGCAAGGCGAUAUCUUUCCAAAGCAACGGCACUUGAUCGCCUGUACGGCCCGGCAUGGUUGGCUUACGGUCAUUCAUUCGCAAAGGAAAACGAACAUGACCAGGCAAUGGCCGCUUAUUUCAAGGCGACACAACUAAUGCGCGGAUGCCAUCUGCCCCUUCUGUACAUCGGAGUCGAGUGUGGACUGACGAAAAAUCACGCUAUGGCGGAAAAGUUUUUCUACCAAGCGAUGUCGAUUGCUCCACUGGACGUUUUUGUUUUGCACGAACUGGGCGUUAUAAAGUACGAGUGCGAACAAUACGAUUGCGCCGAAGAGGUUUUCCGCAGCACGCUAGAAAUGGUACGAACUAUGGUGAAACAGAAUAAUGAACAGCUGACCGCCCGCUGGGAGCCAUUGCUCAACAAUCUUGGUCAUUGCUGCAGGAAAAACAAAAAGUACGACGAAGCGUUAGAAUUUCAUCGGUGGGCUCUCUCGUUGAAACCUUUGAAUGCUUCUACAUACACCGCGAUCGGAUUUGUGCAAGCCUUAAUGGGCCAGCUGUAUGAUGCGGUAGAUUCUUUCCAUAAAAGUCUUUCUCUGAAACGAGACGAUGUGUUUACCACCACUAUACUGAAAUAUGUGAUUGAAGAUCUGACGGAGGAGCAAACGCUUCCAUUCUACUCGGCAGAAGGUGUGGAGGAGGAUGAUGAUGACAAAGAGUGCGAAAAGACGGAAUCGUCGAAGGACAUAAAAAAAGCGUCGUUAAAAUUAGAUCCUCGCAAUACACCCGAAGGUGUUGAUAGUGAAGAGGUUAGCGGUAGCGUUCCCCGGUCUACGUUGCGCAUGCAACUAAAUUUUGACGAAUGGAACGCUAAAACAUCUCCAAUGAGCGAUACAAGUGCUGAUGAUAUGAGUAUUGAUAUAUAA